AUGUCUUCAAGAUUCGGUGCCUCCUCGCUGCACCAGCGCGACUCCCGCAGCGCCCUGUUCGAGGGCUACACCGGCGACACCGGCCGCCGGCCUGUAAGCGCCUCGCCUUCAGGGCUCGGCGGUGGGUACGGAUACGGAUACGCGGGGAGCAGCGCCUCGCCCGCGCCGCCCUCGGGCGGGAGCUAUCUUGGCGUCGAUGGCAGCCGAGGAUUCCGGCCUGCGACGCCGAACAAACGUGGCCAGUACAGCGACGCCGUGCUGAACGAGCUCGAGAGCCAGAACGACGCGCAGGUUGAAGGCAUCAUGGGCAAGGUCAAGAUUCUGAAGAGUAUGACGGUGGCCAUCGGCGACGAAAUCCGCGAGUCUUCGGCGCUUGCCGAGAAGAUGAACGACACAUUCGACUCAACGCGCCUGCGCAUCCGCGGCACCAUGAACCGCAUGCUGCUCAUGGCCGAGCGCACCGGCGUCGGCUGGAAGGUGUGGCUCGGCUUUUUCGCGGCCGUAUGCCUCAUCUUCAUGUACGUGUGGCUGUUCUAG